AAAAAGGAAGCGAGAAGCGCGAUCGUGUCUGGCCAAAUUUGCUUUGUUUUUGCAUUUUCACAUAUAUUUUGUACAAUUUUCUCACUGUGACUCCUUCCCGUGGCCCUAAUGGACCUGAAUGAGGAGAACUUCCGCCUCCUGGCGCAGUACUUGCAGCAAACGCUGAGCCCGGAUCCCAACGUUCGACGCCCAGCCGAGCAGUUCCUAGAGAGCGUGGAAGGGAAUCAGAACUACCCAAUCCUACUGCUGCAUCUGAUCGACAAGGAGGACCUGGACAUGACAAUCCGAGUGGCCGGAUCCGUGACGUUCAAGAACUACGUGAAGAGGAAUUGGUAUCACGAUCCGGAGGAGGGCAAGGCGGACAAGAUUCACGAAACUGAUCGCACGGCCAUCAAGACACUUAUUGUGACGCUGAUGCUGAAAUCGCCCACGGCGACGCAGAAGCAGCUGAGCGACGCUGUGAGUAUCAUUGGGAAACACGACUUCCCGGACAAGUGGCCACAGCUGAUCGAUGAGAUGGUGGAGAAGUUUGCCACUGGCGACUUCAAUGUCAUCAACGGCAUCCUGCAGACGGGUCACAGUCUCUUCAAACGCUACCGCUACGAGUUCAAGAGCCAGACUCUCUGGCUGGAGAUCAAGCUAGUGCUGGACAAGCUGGCUAAGCCACUGACGGAUCUCCUCGUGGCUACCAUGAACCUCGCCACGACGCAUGCCGGCAACCAGCAGGCGCUCAAAGUGAUCUAUGGCUCUCUGGUGCUGGUCUGCAAGGUAUUCUACUCGCUCAAUUAUCAGGACUUGCCGGAGUUCUUCGAGGACAACAUGCCCACGUGGAUGCCCAGCUUCCUCACUAUGCUCACCACAGACGUGCCCCUCCUGCGCACCGGUGACGACGAGGAGGCGGGCGUGAUGGAGCAGUUGCGCUCCCAAAUCUGCGAGAAUCUCUGCCUGUACGCGCAGAAGUACGACGAGGAGUUCAGUCCGUACAUGCCGCAGUUCGUGACUGCCGUGUGGGAGUUGCUGGUCAACACGGGCAAUCAGACCAAGUACGACACACUCGUGUCGCACGCGCUCACGUUCCUCGGCACAGUGGCGGACAGGAGUCACUAUCGGCACCUCUUCGAGGAUCCCAACGUGUUGGCCAGCAUUUGCGAGAAGGUCAUUAUUCCGAACAUGGACUUCAGGGCGUCGGAUGAGGAGCUGUUCGAGGACAACCCAGAGGAGUACAUUCGUCGUGACAUCGAGGGAUCAGACAUUGACACUCGGCGGCGGGCGGCGUGUGAUCUCGUGAAGAUUCUCUCGCAGAAGUUCGAGGCGAAGAUCUUCGAGAUUUUCAGUCAGUAUCUGCAGGUGCUGCUGUCGCGUCAUUCGGCGAAUCCACAGGGGAAUUGGCGAGCCAAGGACACGGCCAUCUUUCUGGUCACUUCGCUGGCGUCGCGCGGAAGUACGCAGCGCCACGGCGUCACGCAGACGUCUGAACUCGUGCCUCUGCCGCAGUUUUGCCAGCAACACAUCGUGCCCGAGCUGGAGAGGAGCAAUGUGAAUGAGAUGCCAGUGUUAAAGGCGGACGCCCUCAAGUUCCUCAUCAGUUUUCGCAGCUGCCUGGAGACGAGCAGCGUCGUGGCGUGUCUGCCGCUCAUCAUUCGCCACUUGCAGGCACAGAGCGUCGUUGUGCACAGCUAUGCGGCGUGCGCCAUUGAGAAGAUCCUGAUGAUUCGCACUCCUGGCCAGAAGGCGCCCAUCACGGCCGCUGAACUGUCUCCGCUCGCCAGUGAUCUGUACACUGGCCUGUUCGGGACGCUAGACUUGACCGGAUCGGCGGAGAAUGAGUACGUGAUGAAGGCGAUCAUGAGGUGCACUUCUGUGCUGCAAGAGGGCGCACUACCCUUCAUGGGCAGCAUCGUGCUGCCGCGCCUCACGCAAAUCCUCACGAUGGUGUCGAAGAAUCCGUCGAAGCCGCACUUCAAUCACUACCUCUUCGAGACGCUGUCGCUGUCGAUAAAGGUGGUGUGCAAGGCGCAAACAAGUGCUGUGGAGUCCUUCGAGGAGGCCCUGUUUCCCAUCUUCCAGAACAUUCUGCAGCAGGACAUCCUCGAGUUCAUCCCGUACGUGUUUCAGCUCCUGUCGCUGCUGCUGGAGAUGCGCGAGGGCGUGCCGACGAUCCCAGAGCCGUACAUGGCGCUGUUUCCCUUCCUCCUGUCGCCGCUGCUCUGGGAUCGUCCGGGCAAUGUGACGCCCCUCAUCAGGCUGAUCUGUGCGUACAUUCGACAGGGUGCUGGGCAGAUUGUGGCGUACAGCAAGCUGAAUGCUGUGCUGGGUGUGUUCCAGAAGAUGAUUGCCUCCAAAACGAAUGACCACGAGGGAUUCUACCUGCUGCAGACGUUGCUGCUGCACUAUCCCAUGCAGGAGUUGCAGCAGAGUCUCAGGCAGAUCUUCGUGCUGCUCUUCCAGCGCCUCAGUCUGUCCAAGACCACAAAGUACAUACGCGGCCUCAUCAUCUUCUUCAGCUUCUACGCCGGUAAAGUGGGCAGUCAAAAUCUCGUGCAGAUGAUCGAUGAGAUUCAGGCGCAGAUGUUCGGCAUGGUGCUGGAGCGCGUCUUCAUUCCCGAUCUCAAUCGCAUCUCGGCCGAGGUGGACAAGAAGAUUGUGGCCGUAGGCAUGGCGCGGAUCCUGUGCGAGUGCCCGAGCAUGCUCACGGAGCCCUACGUCCAGUUCUGGCCGCGUCUCAUGGAAGCUCUCAUUCAGGUGUUCGAGGCGCAACCUGACGCCGUCACCGAGGGCGACGAUGACUUCAUAGAGAUCGAGGACACACCGGGCUAUCAAGUUGCCUACUCGCAACUCAACUACGCCCAGCCCAAGGCCAACGAUCCAUAUCCCGAUGUGGCAGAUGGACGAAUGUGUCUGGUGCAGAGCCUGGCAAAGCUGUCGGCUGCCAAUCCUGGGCAGAUUCCGCAGCUGAUUCACAAAAUGCCGGCGCUGGCCGGGCAGAUCCUGAACAAGUACUGCUCCCAGGCUGGAGUGCAAAUCCUCUAGACGAGGAGCGGUAGAAAUUCUCAAUUGAAUUGCAUUGUUUUCCACGUUUAAAUUGUAAUUAAGUGAAUAAAGAAAAUU